UUUUGUGAUCACAGAUUUAGAAACGGCAGGUACUUUGCAUUACAUUGGAUCCGUCAAGACAGAGGUGUAAACAUGUCGAAGUCAAUGGUAGUCAUGCAGCCCCAGCCUGUUAUGGUCUCCAGAGAUUCAGAUCAGUGGGGGUCUGGUAUCUGUGACUGUUGCAAUGACGUUCCUGAAUGUUGCUUUGCUUACUGGUGUUUCUCGUGUUUCACAUGCAUAAAAGCAAAGAAAUACGGUGAGUGCUUAUGUCUCCCCCUGUUGGAUGUCUGUGGCAUCGUCCCACCCAUAACCAUGUCCAUAAGGGUCUCUAUGCGCCAGCGUUAUGGCAUUGAGGGAGACAUGUGUAAUGACUGCUUGGUGGCCACAUUCUGCAGAGCUUGUGUUUGGUGUCAGAUGUCACGAGAGAUGAACGCACGAGAUCUACAGGUCACUCUUGUUGGUGCCAGGAAUUUGUAAUGUGUUUUGAAGCAGUUAUGCGGUUG